AGUAAUGUUCUCUUGCCGCUAUAACAUCUGCACAGUGUUUGUCGUCGUGACCCGACUGCGGACUCUUCUCGAAAGCACGAGAGUACCUCCCGCACAGAGAUAUAAGGCAACACAGAAAGACACAGAUCAGAUGUGAUUGUGCCUUUCCUAAUUAUGCGUUUGUGGCUGACCUGCCCAGCCUCCUGGCUGCCAAUUGUGCUCGUUUUCUCACGGAAGAUCGGUACUGCGAUAAGUGCCAACAUGGUCUGGUUACCGGGAGCGACAAAUGAGAACGGCGCACAUUGCGGCAUCGGGCGCUUUCUUGAUGAUGUGCAAGGCAAACUGCACGUUCCACACGAGGUGACGGGCUGCAUGUUUUGCCAUCCCCAUCGUCUGCAUGUUGCCUUGCAGCCCAAAUACCGAGCUGAGCGCGAGAUCAGUGAUGGCUUACAUGCAACCGCCCGAGAACAAGGCCAGAGCUGCGGUGCCCAACGCCUCGACUGGCGCAAGGUUGCAGCUCUGGGCGCGGGCUCGGAGCCUCGCUCUAUGUCAGACAGGGAAGCCGAUGAGGAGAGAACAAGGCAACCACCAAGGAAACGAGUAUCGCGGAACUGCACCUUGAAAUGUGCUGGUCGGACGGUUCGAGGUAGGGCUGCCAUCGAUCGGUCCCGCCGAGCCUAGGCGGCGAACUGGGUGAAGGCUUGGCUGGGAAUUUUCAGAGUACCGCCUUCUGCCGUCUUCAGGUCCUUAG